AUGGACAUUAAUUCAACGAGAACCCUAUGGACCCUGGUCACCAGUGGAACUAUAUGGACCCUGGUCACCGGUGGAACUAUAUGGACCCUGGUCACCAGUGGAACUAAAUGGACCCUGGUCACCAGUGGAACCCUAUGGACCCUGGUCACCGGUGGAACUAUAUGGACCCUGGUCACCAGUGGAACCCUAUGGACCCUGGUCACCAGUGGAACUAUAUGGACCCUGGUCACCAGUGGAACUAUAUGGACCCUGGUCACCGGUGGAACUAUAUGGACCCUGGUCACCAGUGGAACUAUAUGGACCCUGGUCACCAGUGGAACUAAAUGGACCCUGGUCACCAGUAGAACUAUAUGGACCCUGGUCACCAGUGGAACUAUAUGGACCCUGGUCACCAGUGGAACUGAAUGGACCCUGGUCACCAGUGGAACUAUAUGGACCCUGGUCACCAGGUGGAACUGGAACUAUGGACCCUGGUACUUCAACAGCACCUGGAGACACCCGUAUGGCCAGGAGACUGUCCCGUCACCUUUCAACAGCACCUGGAGACACCCCUAUGGCCAGGAGACUGUCCCGUCACCUUUCAACAGCACCUGGAGACACCCGUAUGGCCAGGAGACUGUCCCGUCGCAUUUCAACAGCUCCUUCCAACUCCAGCACCACAACAGCUUCCACAACACCCUACUAGGUGUCUCCCUGGGCUUCCUGUCGUUGCUCACCGUCAUCAUGAACAUCCUGGUACUCUACGCCGUGAAGAAAGAGCGGACCCUCCACACGGUGGGCAACCUCUACAUCGUCAGCCUCUCCGUGGCGGAUCUCAUCGUCGGGGCCACCGUCAUGCCCCUCAACCUGGUGUAUCUGCUGGAGGAUGAGUGGAGGCUGGGGAGGGUCGUCUGUCAGUUCUGGCUCAUUAUGGAUUAUGUAGCCAGCACAGCCUCCAUCUUUAGUCUGUUUAUACUGUGUCUGGAUCGGUAUCGGUCCGUUCACGAGCCGCUGAGGUACCUGAAGUACCGGACCAGAGGGAGAGCUAGCGUUAUGAUCUCAGGGGCCUGGCUAAUGUCCAUGACGUGGAUUAUUCCUAUUCUAGGGUGGAGGUCCUUCGUUCAGGUCGACCUCAAACCGGAGAUGGAGAAUAAGUGUGACACUGAUUUCCGGUUUGUUACUUGGUUUAAGGUUUUAACUUCAGUGUUUAACUUCUACCUUCCGUCUCUGUUGAUGCUGUGGUUCUACUCGCGCAUCUACAUGGCUGUGAGACAGAACUUCAGAGAGAGGGAGAGGAUUAUCAAUCCCACAGAUUCCGUGGUGGAAAACAGGAUCGGACACAAAGUCCAAACAGGAAAUAGCCACUGCGAGUCUAAGAAAGAAAGAAACUCAGACUUUGAUCAGUACACGUUAGACCAGCCGAACGACUCCACAGAUACAGUUGAAACCAACGCGCCCAGGGAACCCAAGUCUGAGAAAGACUCUCACUCCAGUCAUUCAGUGCUCAGAAUGACAAAACGUCUGAAGACGACUGUAAAGGACAAAAGAAAGAGCGGCUCUUCGUCUUUCCAGCAGAAGAAUUCAGACUCGGAGACCCCUUUGAACCUGUCCUCUUUACCUCUUGGCUUCACAAACUAUGACGACAACGUUCAGAAACUCUACGUAUCCGUGAACGACUGCAAGGUAGCCGUGCCGUCAAACUCUGUGGCUGGCGUCUGCGAGAUAACCCAGAUAUCUGACAUGCAGAGAUACACCACCAUGUUCUACAACAACGAGUUCACCCAGUCUGUCAAUUUAUCCCCGUCACCAUGUCCCCAUAAUUCACCCCAGUCACCCCCGCCUCAGGAGGACUCAGAGCCUGACGAUGGUACUAACCCGGACGCUGCAGCCAACGCUUUGACUCUAAAGCAGACCUGGCAGAAGUUCUGUGCCCAGUCCAGGCAGCGUAUCCAGAGCCUUCAGGUCCAUAAGGAGCACAAAGCGGCCAAGCAGCUGGGCUGUAUUAUAGCUGGGUUCAUGAUGUGCUGGAUCCCCUACUUCAUAGUCUUUAUGGUCAUGGCUUUCUGCCAAACCUGUGUACAUCACAACCUACAUAUGUUCACGAUAUGGCUUGGGUAUAUUAACUCUACCUUGAACCCGUUCAUAUACCCCCUCUGCAAUGAGAAUUUCAAACGGGUGUUUAAAACUAUCCUACACAUUAAUUUGUGAUGAAAAGGUUUAUGAACAGUGCCUUGAGUGGCAUUUCAAUGUAUUUCCUUGUGAUGCUUUAACUUGUAAUACAGUAUGUGUGCUUGAAUGUUUUGAGUGACCUCAAUUUGGUACCUUAAAUUUGUAUAAUUUUGAAAAAUAUAAUGCUUAUUUAUUGUCCGCCUAAAUAUUUUUUGUUUAUUAUUUAUUAUCAGACCCAGACCAUAACGCCAUCGUUCCUACUCUGUGGAAAGACAGAAAGCUGCUCUGCCUUUAUUCAUUAUUUACUUAACUCUGCUGAAGAAGAAUAACUGCAGAAUAACUCUGCUGAAGGAGAAUAACUGCA